UCUACUCACACGAAACUCACGAUGCCUGAUCCCGUGAAAGCGCCGAAGAAGGGCUCAAAGAAAGCCGUUUCUAAGAGCGUCUCCAAGACCGGCAAGAAGAAGAGGAAGACCAGGAAGGAGAGCUACGCCAUCUACGUGUACAAGGUCCUGAAGCAGGUCCACCCCGACACCGGCAUCUCGUCCAAGGCCAUGCUGAUCAUGAACUCGUUCGUGAGCGACAUCUUCGAGCGCAUCGCCGGCGAGUCCUCCCGUCUGGCUCACUACAACAAGCGCUCCACCAUCACCUCCAGGGAGAUCCAGACCGCCGUCCGCCUGCUGCUGCCCGGUGAGCUGGCCAAGCACGCCGUGUCUGAAGGUACCAAGGCCGUGACCAAGUACACCAGCUCCAAGUGAACCCGCUGAUGCACCCAGCAACAGGGGGCUGUGUGGACACAACGAAGUCUUUGGCCAUGACAUUUACCCAGUGCAUCAUAAGGUUCUACCAUUGUGCACAGUAUAAAAUCAAUAAAAAGCAACUAAAUUAUGA